UUUGCUUUUGUGUUGAUUUUUUGUAAAGGUACAUUAUGGAUGCAAGACUACGACGCGUCAACAAAGAAAUUUCAGACUGCAAGAACGACAAAUCAUCGAACAUCAGUAUCGACCUUGUCGAUAAUUCUCCAUUUCACCUAAUAGGCGAAUUCGAUGGCCCAGAAGGAACGCCGUAUGAAGGGGGACACUUCAAAGUUGACAUCAUCAUCCCAGAAUCAUAUCCCUUCCAGCCCGUCAAGAUGAAAUUUAUUACCAAGGUUUACCACCCCAACGUUUCGUCCGCCUCGGGCGCGAUCUGCCUUGACAUCCUCAAGGACGCCUGGAGCCCCGUCCUCACACUGAAAUCUACACUCAUCUCACUCCAGUCGCUCCUCUGCUCUCCAGAGCCACGCGACCCGCAGGACGCCGAAGUCGCGAAGCACUAUAUGACGAGUAAGAGCAGCUUUGAGGAGACUGCACGAUACUGGACACAGGCGUAUGCCGGCGGGUCGGGCAAGGAGGUCAGAGGUAAGGGCAGGGCGGACGGGCCGAGGGACGAAAUUGCCAUGGCUGGGCUCGAGAGGGCGCAUGUGGAGAAAUUCCAAGCAAUGGGCUUCGAUCGGACUAAGGUGAUCGAUGUGUUGCGGCGACUCAACUAUCGGGGGGCGAACGUUGCGCAGAUAAAUGACGACAAGGUUGUUGACGAACUGAUCAAAUCAUAAUGUAUCCCUAGCACGAUUGGCCUCAUUGUACGAAUGCGUUCACGGCUUGCUUUCGCGCUUUCACGCCCACACUUGUCCAUUGCCUAUU